GUUACUAAUUAAAUAAAUCGCCACUUGUUGUGUUGUUUUUUUGCGAUAGGUACCAGUGGGUACGUUUUAAUUAAAUUUUUAUCCGUUGUAUGUGUUACAAGGUUGAACAUAAUUCACCAGGACAAAAUGUUUAAAGUUUAUUCCAAAACUUAUCGCCACUUUAAAAAACAACUGAGCACGUCCGCAGUCUCUUAUCAAGUUCAGAAAACAAAUCACAAUGUUGCAUCUAGUCCUCUAACUGAUACUUUUGGCAGACACCACACUUACCUCAGAAUUUCAUUAACCGAAAGGUGCAAUUUAAGAUGCCAAUAUUGUAUGCCUGAGGAGGGGGUCAAACUGUCUGAAAAGUCCAAAAUACUCACCACGGAUGAAAUAAUUAAAAUAGCAGACCUGUUUGUCAGUGAGGGGGUUACAAAAAUACGUCUAACUGGGGGUGAACCCACCGUGAGGAAAGACCUUGUCGACAUAAUUACACAAUUGAAACAACUCAAGGGACUAGAAACAGUAGCGAUGACCACCAACGGUCUGGUACUGACCAGACAGCUGGUACCAUUACAAAGAGCCGGCCUGGACAUUCUGAACAUAAGUCUGGACACCCUCAAAAAAGACCGUUACGAAAAAAUAACCCGCAGGAGGGGCUUUGAGAAGGUGUUAAUGGGCAUCGACUUGGCCCUCCAACUUGGCUACAACCCCGUCAAAAUUAACUGCGUCGUAAUGAAGGGCUUCAAUGAGGAUGAAGUCGUAAACUUCGUAGAAAUGACCAAAGACAAAAACGUGGACGUCAGAUUUAUUGAGUACAUGCCAUUCAGUGGCAACAAAUGGGAGGUGAACAAGAUGGUGUCUUAUGGUGACAUGGUUAAGAGCAUCAAAGAUAAGUGGCCUGGCUUCCACCCCCUUAAGAACCACCCCAACGACACGUCAAAGGCCUGGAAGGUGCCCAAUUAUGAGGGCCAAGUGGGCUUCAUUACGUCCAUGAGUGAACACUUCUGUGGCACCUGCAACCGUCUAAGAAUCACCGCCGAUGGUAAUCUAAAAGUCUGUCUUUUUGGCAACACAGAGGUGUCACUAAGAGAUGCACUGAGAAACAACUGUUCCCGUGAUGAUUUGGUGGCCCUUGUGCAAGCUGCAGUUAGGAGGAAGAAGAGGCAACACGCAGAUAAGGCACCGUCUCAAACAAAUAAGCUUUGGCCUCUGCACCUAGACCUAAAAUCAGCACCAACCCACUUAUUGGCAGCUUCAAGGUACAACACGCAACUUAGGUACUACUCAACGAAGUCCGACAAGGUGUUAACGCACGUGGAUGAACGGGGAAAGGUAUCAAUGGUGAACGUAACUGGGAAGUCCACAACCGUACGCAAAGCCACAGCAAUGGCUAGAGUAAAAGUGGGCUACGAAAUAGCUAAGCUCAUAAAAGAAAACAGUGUGAAAAAGGGUGACGUCCUGAGUGUGGCCCAAAUAGCCGGCAUAAUAGGUGCCAAGAAGACCUCUGACAUCAUACCCUUGUGCCAUAACAUCCCACUAACCAGCAUAAAAGUCAACGUACAACUAGACAACGUGUCCAAGGAAGUGAUGAUACAAUCCAGCAUUGAAUGCGAAGGCAGGACUGGCGUGGAGAUGGAGGCUCUGACCGCCGUCACCGUUGCCGCCCUAACCGUCUACGACAUGUGCAAGGCGGUCAGUAAGAACAUACAGAUCAGCGACAUUCACCUGAUCAGCAAGAGCGGCGGUUCCUCCGGGAACUACACCAGACCGGAGAUCAACGUGAGGGAGUACGAGAAAGAGCCCAUUGUCCAACCCUCUGUGUUUGUUGGGGGAGUCUAAUUUUCUUUCUUGCAUUCUUACACAAAUACUCAAUGUUUUUAUUAUAUUUUAAUGAGUGCAAUCGACGAGGUUUAAUUUUAAAUGUGAUUUGAGGAACCAUUCUGUUGUAAUUUAGAUGGUGGCAGAUUUAUACUUAAGAUUCACUAAUUGUAUUGUUAUAGAAGCUUAUUUGUUUGGCCUGUUUAAUGUUUUUAUAUUCUAUUAUACUGAAAUUUGUACAUUGUCUAUUUUUAUAAAUAUUUUUAAAUAAAGAUGUAACAUACUUA